AUGACAACCGUAGCCAGUACUUUCAAUAUGUCACGAGUCGAUGCACCUUCCGUGCGAACCAUCGGUCCCGAUUCGACCAAUGCGACAACCACCAACUCUGUCGUCACUGAAACCUCACCAGUCUCACAAAAUAACGGCACAAUGUCCCAACAGUCUUUCAAGGAGCUUUUGAGUCAGUUUGCGACUCAAGUGGGCACAGGAGAACCUCGAGUAGAUCCUCCUCAUGGACCUCCCGGACCGAAAUCAUUUGGUCCGGAAAUUUUCGACCAAUCCUCCUCUGCCAGCCGUAACACAAUCAGGGUCUGA